AUGCCGGCUAUGAGGGGGCUCCUGGCGCCGCAGAACACCUUUCUGGACACCAUCGCCACGCGCUUCGACGGGACGCACAGUAACUUCGUGCUGGGCAAUGCUCAGGUUCGGGGAUCCUUCCCUGUGGUUUACUGCUCUGAUGGCUUCUGCGACCUCACCGGCUUUUCUCGGGCUGAGGUCAUGCAGCGAGGUUGUGCCUGCUCCUUCCUCUAUGGUCCUGACACUAGUGACCUUGUCCGUCAGCAGAUCCGAAAGGCCCUAGAUGAGCACAAGGAGUUUAAAGCUGAGCUGAUUCUAUACAGAAAGAGUGGUCUCCCUUUCUGGUGCCUCUUGGAUGUAGUGCCCAUCAAGAAUGAGAAAGGUGAGGUGGCCCUCUUCCUGGUCUCCCACAAGGACAUCAGUGACUCCAAGAACCGCGGGGGACUAGACAACUGGAAGGAGGGAGGUGGUGGGCGGCGUAGGUACGGCCGGGCAGGGUCCAAGGGCUUCAAUGCCAAUAGGCGUCGGAGCCGGGCUGUGCUCUAUCACCUGUCUGGGCACCUGCAGAAGCAGCCAAAAAGCAAGCAUAAACUCAACAAGGGUGUAUUUGGGGAGAAACCAAACCUGCCUGAGUAUAAAGUAGCUGCCAUCCGGAAAUCACCUUUUAUCCUGCUACAUUGUGGGGCACUACGGGCCACCUGGGAUGGGUUCAUCUUGCUUGCCACACUCUAUGUAGCUGUCACCGUCCCCUACAGUGUGUGUGUCAGCGCUGCCCGGGAGCCCAAUGAGGCACGAGGCCCACCCAGUGUCUGCGACCUAGCCGUCGAGGUCCUCUUCAUCCUUGACAUUGUGCUGAAUUUCCGCACCACGUUCGUGUCCAAAUCAGGACAGGUUGUAUUUGCCCCACGUUCCAUCUGCCUCCACUAUGUCACCACCUGGUUCCUACUGGAUGUCAUCGCUGCCCUGCCCUUUGACCUGCUGCACGCCUUUGAAGUCAAUGUGUACUUUGGGGCUCACCUGCUGAAGACGGUGAGGCUAUUACGACUGCUCCGGCUGCUUCCAAGGCUGGACCGAUACUCUCAGUACAGUGCCGUGGUGCUGACGCUGCUCAUGGCUGUCUUUGCCCUGCUUGCCCACUGGGUGGCCUGCAUCUGGUUCUACAUCGGGCAGCAGGAGAUUGAGAGCAGCGAGUCUGAGCUCCCUGAAAUUGGUUGGCUGCAGGAGCUGGCCAGACGACUAGAGACGCCCUACUACCUGGUGGGGCGAGGCAGGACCGUGGGGAACAACUCUGGCCUGGGUGACAACUGCAGCAGCAGUGGCAGCAUUGAAGCCAACGGGACGGGGCUGGCGUUGCUGGGGGGCCCGUCCCUGCGUAGUGCCUACAUUACCUCUCUCUACUUUGCGCUGAGCAGCCUUACCAGCGUCGGCUUUGGCAACGUGUCGGCCAACACGGACACAGAGAAGAUUUUUUCCAUCUGCACCAUGCUGAUUGGGGCGCUGAUGCAUGCAGUGGUGUUUGGGAACGUGACGGCCAUCAUCCAGCGCAUGUACGCCCGCCGCUUCCUCUACCACAGCCGCACCCGGGACCUGCGGGACUACAUCCGCAUCCACCGCAUCCCUAAGCCGCUCAAACAGCGCAUGCUGGAGUACUUCCAAACGACUUGGGCCGUCAACAACGGCAUUGACACCACAGAGCUGCUGCAGAGCCUUCCAGAUGAACUCCGAGCUGACAUUGCAAUGCACCUCCAUAAGGAAGUUCUUCAGUUGCCCCUAUUCGAGGCAGCGAGCCGGGGUUGCCUGCGGGCACUGUCCCUGGCCCUGCGUCCAGCCUUCUGCACACCUGGCGAGUACCUCAUCCACCAGGGCGAUGCCCUGCAGGCCCUCUACUUCGUCUGCUCUGGCUCCAUGGAGGUGCUCAAGGGCGGCACUGUGCUGGCCAUCCUAGGGAAGGGUGAUCUGAUUGGCUGCGAGCUGCCUCAACGAGAACAGGUGGUAAAGGCCAAUGCUGAUGUGAAGGGCCUGACAUACUGUGCGCUGCAGUGCCUACAGCUGGCUGGACUCCAUGAGAGCCUGGCACUCUAUCCCGAGUUUGCGCCACGAUUCAGCCGUGGCCUCCGAGGGGAGCUCAGCUACAACCUAGGGGCUGGUGCAGGCCAUAAUGAGGGGGAUACGAGCUCACUGAGUGGAGACAAUACCCUGAUGUCCACUCUGGAGGAGAAAGAGACAGAUGGGGAGCCGGGGCCUACAGCUUCACCCACUCCAGCUGAUGAGCCUUCUAGCCCCUUGCUGUCUCCAGGCUGUGCCUCUGCCUCCUCGGCUGCUAAGCUGCUAUCCCCUCGCCGGGCGGCCCCACCAUCCCGCCUGGGUACCCGAGGACGGCUGAGCCAGGCAGGGGGAGCACAAGCUGAGGUUGCACGUGCUUCACGCUCGCUGGGCCUGGAGGGACUGAGGCUACCUUCCAUGUCCUGGAAUGCCCCCCCUGACCUAAGCCCCAGGGUCGUGGAUGGCAUUGAGGAUGGCUGUGGAUCUGAUCAGCCAAAAUUCACCUUUCGUGUGGGACGGCCUGGUCCAGAUUGCAGGAGUCCCUCCCCAGGUCCAGAGAGUGGACUGCUCACCAUCCCCCUCGGGCCCAGUGAGGCUAGAAGCGCAGAUACGCUGGACAAGCUGCAACAAGCGGUGGCUGAGCUGUCGGAACAGGUACUACAAAUGCGUGAAGGGCUACAGUCCCUUCGACAGGUGGUGCAGCUCUUCUUGGUGCCCCAUGGGGAGGGGCUGUCCCCCAGGGCAGGAGAGGGUCCUUGCCCAUCAAGGGGGUCUGGACUCCUGCAGCCCCUCUGUGUGGACACUGGUGCCCCUUCCUACUGCCUGCAGCCCUCCGCUGGAUCCUUCCUCAGUGGAGCCUGCCCCCGACACCAGCCAGGCCCCCCACCCCUCACGGCUCCCUGGCCUUGGGGCCCUCCAGCCUCUCAGAGUUCUCCCUGGCCCCAGGCUACAGCUUUCUGGACCUCUCUGUCAGAUUCGGAGCCCCCAGGCUCUGCAGAACUUGGCCCUGUGCCUAGCACAGCUGCCUCACCCCCACCCACUGAUGAGCCGGCUGGAGCAGGGCCCCAGGAAACCUCCUCAGGCCAAGCUGAGGAAACUAGCACUGGGGAGCCCCCACCAGGGCCAGGCAGCCUGUCUCUGACUUGGGAUCCCCACAGCCUAGAGAUGGUGUUGAUCGGCUGCCAUGGCUCCAGCACUGUCCAGUGGUCCCAGGAGGAAGGGACAGGGGUCUGAACUGUUCUACACCCAGGACUCAGUGUUGUCCCAUCACACUGCUACCCUAGCCCUCCCAGGUGGAAGGAAGGGGUGGCAGGUACCGCAUAGGCUCAUUCCCUCCUGCUGGUUCAGGGCCCUGGGCAGGGGAGUAAAGGCCCAGCUCACCACUGGUUCAGGAUUCAGGGCCCAGGGGCAAAAGGUAGCCGCUUCCUUGGGGUAUCCAGUCCUGGUUUGUUCCCCCUCUUCAUUUCCCCUCUGCAGGCUGGAGGGGUGGAGUCCCUGUGUGCCCUGCAUGUAUCCCUUACCCAGCUACCAUGUCCCCAUUCCC